UGCUCUAUGCACUGAGCCAAACCAGCUAGGGCGACGCCUUUCCUAAUUGUUCAUGAUGGAGUAGUACAGGCACCGUCUAAGGGGCCCCUCAUAGGCGGUCACUGCAGGUAACUCCCCCAGCCGCUGAUGGAGGAAUUUUGGGACCAUGUUGGUCCACUCCAGGGACAACCGAUGAACAAAACACUCGAGACGGCAAAUGCUGGUCACCACUGAGGAGAAAGACAGCUACACAACUUCCGUGUCCGCCCGGCGAGCUCGUCCUUGAGACGUGGUCAGCCAGCACAGGCGUCUCGGGAAAGUCCUCUGGUGCUUCGUUCCUGUCUCACCAAACGCCGAUGCUCUCAGCACACGACACAGGAGCGAGGUCCUCAGGUCCCGGAACAAGCCUGGAGCGAAGAGCCCGCCUGGCAUCGCUAGCGUCGUCCCUCGGCAAUUCACCUUCCGGAAAGGCAGUUUGCUUUGGUCCGACCCCCAGGUGGCACCGAGCGUGGCCAGAGGCUCCGCCUUUCGGCCCAUAGAGGCCUGGCAAGGACACCGGCCGGACUCUGGUCGCCCCAGGGACGGGCCACUCAGCGCGGCCACUUGAGCGGGCGCCGGAGCGCAGAGCCAGCUUAUAGGGGAGCAGCCAGGCCCCGGAGCAGACGUGGCUGAGGUUCAUGGCUCCGAGCAGCUGCUGCCACGGGCGCUCCCGGUCCUCACGCUCACCUCCGGGCUCAGAAGAGGAGAGGAGGUCAGCCUGUAAGACGUGCUGCUUCCAUUUGCUGGGAGAAAUGCACCAUGGGAAUGUGUGCGGGAGCCCGGGGGGGCUGUGAUGUGGGCCAUAGGGUGACUCUGGGGAGGUCUCCAUGACCUCCGACCUCUGCUCGGGUGCCGGUCAGUUAACUCCAGACCAGACGCAUCCCAUCCAGGAAGCGCCAGGAAGCCCGGAUGAGGGAGACGCGGUGUGGGGCACAGAAAUGAUGGGUGUGGGUCUGCUUUGUGAUUCUGAGAUCAUUUCAUGAGCAGGAGAGAGAAAGCUGUGAAAUUCCUGUGCCUUUAGGGUUUAUAAUGGCUGAAGUCCUAUAGUCGUUUUUUGUGCAUAGAGGUGUUACGGGAAGCAGAGUUAUUUUAUUCCCAGACUUCCUCCCGGUAACUUUGCACAAUUGGACGUCAGCAUGAAACAAGGGCCGGCGUCACUGAGCUGCUCCGCUGACUGCUGCUGCCAGUCUGCCAGGUUCCUUCUCGGGUCAUGAGGACCCUGCGGCGGCUCAGCCUGCGGGGCGGGCGGUCCUCCCUCUCAGGGAGGGACUUGGGUCCUCCGCUGCCCACGCCAGCCUCUGGGAACCUGCCGCCGUGUGGGGACAGGAAGGGUCAGCCGACAGAGGGCCUGCCUACAAGUUGCCCCAAAAGGCAGCCCCUGGGGACCCAGCCCUGCGCGUGUGUCUCUUCACUUGGUUGUAGAAUGAGCGCGCCGGCCGCCCUGGGCGUCACGCUUGCCGUGGCCUGCAGCCUCCUGUUCUUCCCGGUCCUGAGGGGCCAGGCCCUCUGGGGGAAGUCCGAGGACUCGCACGCGCUCAGCGUUUUGGAGGAGAGCCGGCGCCUGGAGGACACGGCCACCUACAGCACGAGGGAGAGAAACCUCAAGAAAAGAGACAUCAUUUCUCCAUCUCGGCUUCUGUCUUUGCCCAAACGCCCUGAACCAACAAGCCAAGCCAUUUCCCGAUUGGCAGAGCUCACGGAGACGCCCGUGUGGGCGAUGAGCAGAAGGGCUCACCGGAAGCAGUCACAGCCUCCAACAGAUGCUCUGUCGGAGGAGCUGCUGAGCACCAUUGCCAACGUGUCGGGGUGCCUGCCCCACAUGCUGCCCCCACAGUGUCCGGACACCUGCCUGGCCGACAAGUACCGGCUCGUCACGGGAGCCUGCAACAACAGAGACCAUCCCCGGUGGGGCGCCUCCAACACGGCCCUGGCCCGGUGGCUGCCGCCCACCUACGAAGACGGCAUCAGUGAGCCCCGAGGCUGGAACCCCCACUUCUUAUACAACGGGGUUCCCCUGCCCCCGGUCCGGGAGGUGACACGGCAGGUCCUCCACGUUGCCAACGAGGCGGUGCGGGAGGAUGGCCAGUACUCGGACCUGCUGGUGGCCUGGGGGCAGUACAUCGCCCACGACAUCGCCUUCACGCCGCAGAGCCCCAGCGCCUGCCCGCGGGCCUGCGAGAACCGGGGCCCCUGCUUCCCCAUCCAGCUCCCCGCCUCCGCCGCCCAGGCCGCCGGCGCCGCCUGCCUGCCCUUCUACCGCUCAACGGCCGCCUGCGGCAGCGGGGCCCAGGGCGUCCUGUUGGGCAGCCUGUCCCCGGGGAACCCGCGGCAGCAGAUGAACGGGCUGACCUCCUUCCUGGACGCGUCCACCGUGUACGGCAGCUCCCCGGCCGCCGAGCAGCAGCUGCGGAACUGGACCAGCGCGGAGGGGCUGCUGCGGGUCAACCAGCGCCACCACGACCACGGCCGCGCCCACCUGCCCUUCGUCUCGCCCCGCGCGCCCCGGGCCUGUUCCCCUGAGCCCGGCGCCCCCGGCCGCACGCCCUGCUUCCUGGCGGGGGACAGCCGGGCCAGCGAGGUCCCCGCCCUGACGGCCCUGCACACGCUGUGGCUGCGAGAGCACAACCGCCUGGCGGCCGCCCUCAAGGCCCUCAACCCGCACUGGAGCGCGGACUCUGCCUACCAGGAGGCGCGCAAGGUGGUGGGCGCCCUGCACCAGAUCAUCACCUUGCGGGAUUACGUCCCCCAAAUCCUGGGCCCCCAGGCUUUCGGGCAGCACGUGGGCCCCUACAAGGGCUACGACUCCGCCGUGGACCCCACAGUGUCCAACGUGUUCACCACGGCUGCCUUCCGCUUCGGCCAUGCCACGGUCCACCCGCGGGUGUGGCGGCUGGACGCCAACUUCCAGGAGCUCCUGCCCCCGCUGCUGCUGCGCGACGCCUUCUUCAGCCCCUGGAGGGUCCUUAACGAAGGAGGUGUGGACCCCCUGGUGCGGGGCCUCCUGGCCAGGCCGGCCAAGCUGCAGGCGCAGGGCCAGCUGGUGAGCGAGGAGCUGACGGAGAGGCUCUCCGUGCUGGCGCCCGCCGGGACCUUCGACCUGGCGUCGCUGAACCUGCAGCGGGGCCGGGACCACGGGCUGCCAGGGUACAACGCCUGGCGGGAGUUCUGCGGGCUGCCCAGGCUACACACCCAGGCUGACCUCGGCAGCGUCAUUGCCAAUGGCAGCGUCGCCGACCGGAUCAUGCGCCUGUACCAGCACCCGGACAACGUGGACGUCUGGCUGGGCGGCCUGGCCGAGGACCUGCUGCCGGGCGCGCGGACGGGGCCCCUGUUCGCCUGCCUCAUCGGGAGGCAGAUGAAGGCCCUGAGGGACGGCGACCGGUUUUGGUGGGAACACGGCGGGGUGUUCACGGAAGCGCAGAGGCGGGAGCUGGGGACGCACUCCCUGUCGCGGGUCAUCUGUGACAACACGGGCCUCUCCCGCGUGCCUGCCGACGCCUUCCGCGCGGCCACCUUCCCCCAGGACUUCACGCCAUGUGAGGGCAUCCCCGGCCUGAGCCUGGAGGCCUGGAGGGAGGCCCCCCCAGAGGACGUGUGUGGCCCCCUGAAGCGUGUGGCAAACGGGGACUCCGUGCUGUGCGGGCCCCCAGGGCGGCGUGUGCUCGUGUUCUCCUGCCGGCGCGGGUUCCGGCUGCAGGGGCCCCAGCAGCUCGCCUGCUCCCGCCCGGGCCGGGACGACCAGCCCCCCGUGUGCGAAGACAUUAAUGAGUGUGAAGACGAGCGGGGGCCACCCUGCCAGGCGCCCGCCCGGUGCAGGAACACCCAGGGCAGCUUCCGGUGUGAGUGCUCGGAGCCCUACGUGCUGGGAGACGACGGGCGGACCUGUGUAGACUCCGGGAGGCUCCCGAAGGCGUCCUUGGUGUCCAUCGCGCUGGGCGCCCUGCUGGUCUGCGUCCUGGCAGCCGCCACCUGGACGGUGAUUUGCAGGUGGUCCUCGGUGACGGAGUCUGUGUCCCCACAUUGUGACGAUUGUUCCUGGGAAGCCGCUCUGUGACGAUGAGGACGACUCGGCCACACCCACCCCUCUGGUGUCUGCAGAGGAGCCAAGGGGCUGAGAUGACCCUCCGGCUCGUCACCACCCGUCAGCGAGUGGAAGGCGGCUCCGCGUGUCGGGGUCACUCCCACUGAGCCCCGUGCCGGCCUCAGGACCAGGGACCCGUCGGUGCCAGCCUCGUGCCCUCUGCUCACGGGGUGGUGUCGGCUCUUCUGCGUCUGUGGGUCCCUGGGGGCUGGACUUCUGCCUCGGACACUGUGCUAACGAACAAGUAAGAAGCCAGCAUCCCCCCCCCCUCCCGCCCACGGGUCCCGGAAUAACCAAGCGUCGUGGCUCGGAGUCCUGGCAGCGUGUAACUGGGCCACGCGUGGCCAUCAUGGGUAACAGCUCCGUGAGCAGCCCUGGAGGUCACCCUGAAGGUCACCGUGCCGCCCUUGGCUGGCGGAGGGAUCAUCGGGUCCCCGCGUGGAGGGAAUUGACGUCACAGCAAAUUAAGGUUCAAAGAGAGGUGACCACACAGUCACAGGCGACCCUGUGGCAGCCGCUGGCCGCUCAGUGGACAAACUGUCCCCAGAGCCCCAGUGUCCACGUGGGCUGCUGUUCUCCUCAUAAACCCAUUCGGGACGCAUGCACUGUCCAGGGGGAGGACCAAGGCUGGCUGUCCCCGGGACAAGACUGGCCUUCCCUUCAUGACUCAGGCAGGCGGCGCCACCUGGUGGCCGAUGUGGGGAGCGCAGGCAUGGCCGUGGCAUCCUGACCCAGGGCCUUACCUUCUGCCCAUCAUGUCCCCUCCUGUCCCCACCGGCCUCUUCCCACACCUGCCUCUUCUUCCCGGAGACACGGCGCCACCUUGUCACUCAGCCGCCAGCCCCUCCGGGUCCGGCCGGUUCACGGCUGUCAGCGCCAGGAGAGUCUUCUGUGAUGAGAGGAUACCGUUACCAUAUACACAGGGUCCGACACUGAGAUUGAAAGGAAAACAAGGAUCAGUCCGUAAAACAUUUAAGCUGCUGGGUGAUUUAGCUUUAACACAACUGCUGAUAGAGUUUAUGUCUGUCUUUUUUUAGACGCCUCUAGGGCCUAACGGUCAAAUUUUGUUUUAACGGAAUAUUCUUUAAAUCGUUUUGAAUUUGUUUUUAAUUUGGAGAAAGAACAGUCUGGAUCUGUGCACGCAGCAACACAAAUUGUGAAAAACAAAAGUAAAGGUCUUAUUAAAAAUGGCAUCAUUAACUUUUUUCUCA